UUUAACAUUGAAAAUGAUAGCGGAGAGUACCGGAUAACAUUGACGUCAUCUUAAUUUCUAGGUCAUUUCAAAACGAGGUGAAAUUGUACAUGAAAAUAUCUAGGUCAUUGAACAUGCGCAGAUAAGAUUUAGAAAAUGGCGGAAGCCGAAGAACUGAAGCAAAUGGUAUUAAGUUUCCGGAGAGCGGAACUUGUUGAGUUGCUGGGCUUUGUGGGAAUGAACAAAGUUGGUGUUAAAGCAACCUUGCUACAGCGGGCAGUGACGUUGAUAAACUCAUCCAGAGGCUGUUCUGUGCCAGUUCAAAUAAAAAUUAGAGAACUUUAUAGGCAGAUACACAACCCCUAUGCUGUCGAGCCUCCGCGGUCGCGCAAUGUGCCACGAGGUCAACAGCAGGUCACAGAUCCCAGACAAUUAGAGCAGCUUGAUUUUUUAUCUGAUGACAGGGCACGACGGUAUGGGUCCAGCAAGGUUACAUCACAACAGUUACAGAACAGCGUCGGACAAUCUGGUAUAGUAACAGGAGCAGUAGAUUUUUCAAAGCGAGCACAGGACAGUUUGUCAGCGGCAUCCUCAUUACCUGUACAUCCAGAUGUUAGAUUUAAACCCUUACCUUUCUAUGAUAUCAUGGGAGAGCUCCUCAAACCUACUAGUCUAGCCCCUAAAGGUCCGUCACGGUAUCAAGAGACAUAUUUUGUAUUUCACUUGACACCACAGCAGGCACAGGACAUCGCGAUGUCACGGGAUUUCAGACCUUCAGCAAAAUGGGAAUAUACAGUACAAGUACAACUUAGGUUUUGUUUCUUGGAGACAAGCUGUGAACAAGAUGACAACUUCCCUCCAAGUAUAUGUGUUCGAGUAAAUGGAAAGGUGGCACAAUUACCUAAUCCCAUUCCAACCACAAAGCCAGGAGUGGAGCCAAAACGUCCCGGCCGUCCAGUCGACAUCACAUCAUUAUGUAGAUUAUCACCAACCAUGCCUAAUCAUGUGGAAAUAUCCUGGGCCUCAGAAUAUGGAAGGGGUUAUGUUGUAUCGAUAAACUUAGUGAAGAGACUUACCUCAGAUAUUUUACUGCAGCGGCUGAAACAGUUUGGUAAUAGGCAUGCAGACCAUUCAAGAGCAAUGAUUAAGGAGAAGUUACAGCAUGAUGCUGACAGUGAAAUUGCCACAACUAGUCUCAGAGUUUCCUUAAUGUGUCCAUUGGGUAAGAUGAAGAUGCAGUUACCGUGUCGUGCAGGCACGUGUACACACAUCCAGUGUUUUGAUGCAACGACAUUCCUCAUGAUGAAUGAGAAGAAAGCCACAUGGCUGUGUCCUGUUUGUGAUAAACCUACUCCGUUCCAUAAACUUAUCAUUGAUGGGUUGUUUGUAGAGAUAUUAAAGCAGGUAACGGACAUUGAUGAAAUCCAGUUUGUUGAGGAUGGAAGCUGGGCACCAAUAAAAGGCAAUAAACACACGCACACUAUCAACAACACACCAGCCAAACCUACAGCUUCCUGCUCUUCUUCUAAAGAGAAAACAGUGAAUUUAUGUGGAGAUACCGAGGACUCUCCAACAGUAUCACCAACCAAGAAGCCUAAGAUGGAGGUGAUAGAUCUAACGUUAAGUGACUCGGAAGAUGAAGUGGAACCUGUGCGACCACAGUCAAGUCAUGAGAUUAGUUCAGGGUCCUCUACCCCAUCGUUGAUACUGAAUGCACCGGCAGCGGCACCAAGUCCGUCGGCAAUCUCGAGUGCACUGCAUAAUCUUCCACCACUUCCACCAUUGACUAGUUAUAAGAGUAGUGAUAGUGCUGUACGGAGAACAAGCUUUAGUCCGGGACCAUCUGAUUCUCAAAAUAAUUCAGGCCUCAAUCUUAGUGUGAACUCUAGAAACAGUAGCCCAGUGAAACACGGGGCACCAAGUUUGACCAGUCCAGCUCACAGUUCAUUAAUAGGCUUAUCAUCAUCAUCGUCUUCAUCAUCAUCAUCAUCGUGGCUAACAGCACUCAGUGGACAAACACAAGGACAGAAAAGACCGCCUCCCGCUCAUGCAAACAGUCUGCCCCCAACAAAACGUCCAAUGGUGGAAAAAAUUGCAUCAGAUUCGCCAUCGUCCUCAAAUUCAAAUAUGUCACCGCUUGUUGAUUUGGAUCAGUUAUGCAGUAUACUUGACUCAGACAGGGAUAGAAAUAGCGAGGAGAUUGCCAGUGUUUUGCCAUUCCCAGCUGAUUUCCCAUUGACUAUGACAUCAAACAAUUCAAAUAAUAUGAAUGGUCUCAGUUCAAGGAACAUUUUUAAUGUCUCGCCCUCAGAUGUUAUAUCCCUUGAUUGAUUCUAGUGCAGAAUAUUGAAUGGAAGUGUUACCUCUGGGACUGUCUGUAUUAAGACAUGUUAUCUCUGGGACAGUUUCGUCUUGUAUAGGACAAGUUACCUCUGGAACAGGCUAUAUUUUGUCUGUAUGGGGCAAGAAGAGUUAGGAGAUUGUGUUGCUUAGUAGGAGGACAAACUGACCUACAUUUGAAGACAACCCUAGUCUUAGUGUGCAGGAAGAAUUCUGAUGUCAGCAAGGAGGGCUGGCUUUGAGCUGUCCCAUAAGUAUAUAUACCAAUUUAUUCAUAAAAGAGAUGACUAUUUUAUUUCACAGCUGCUAACUGUUGAAGCAGUUCUGGUAGAUAUUUUGUAAACUAUGCAGGGAGGACUGCAUGAGUUUUAUAUAUAUGACAUGGAUCUUGUAGUCAAAUGAAAAUCACUUAACAAGUGUACAUAUUGAUAAGGCCUAAAAAAAAAUUGUUUGCUUCCAGUAUAUCGUAAGAAUUUGCCACGGCACUAAAUGUUUUUAUGGCAUUGGAAAUUUUUUUUUUAUUAUUUUGGCUAUUUUUUAUACUUUUCAAGGGAAGUUACUCUUUCUUCAUUGUAAAAAAAAAAUUCAAAAAUAAAUUCCUUUCUACCUACCUUAUUUUUUUGGGGCAUGUUACAGGAAACAAACAUUUUUUAGGCCUAAACAUGCUUAGAUUUGUACAAUAUGAAGAUGUGUUAAAGAACAACUGGUACUGAGAGACUUACAGACUUGACCAUUUUCUACAGUUGUUCUGUUUUUGUUUUUUUUAUGCUCAAAGUAACAGAGUAUGAGUUGAGAUGUUGAAGACGAGUGUAUAAAGGUGCUGAUUCUUAUAUAGAUACAUUUAUUUCUUACUAAUGCAACUAGUGUUCAUAUUUAUCAUGUCCCUCUUUAAAGUGGCAUUAUGCAUAUCUUACUGCACAUUGUGUGGUUUUAAAAAAGCAAUUUUCGGUUGCUGUGCAUCUAAAUGUGUUAAAUUAACGAUAAUGCCGCAUGAGUAUUUCAAGUUGAUGCAUCAGAAAUAAAGAAAUCGGACUAAUAAAAUAAUAGUUCUUUUCCUCAGUCUUCUAUGCAGUGAUCUCCCUUACCUAUAGGUAGAGAUUUCUGAAGUUGAAGGGAAGCAACCCCUGCAUGCAGUGUGACUUUUCUUAAAAAGACUGCCCCAGUCAAAAUAAGAAAACUCAUAUUUAGAAAGUUAUUAUUUCGUACUGGUUGCAGCAAGAAUUUGUUAUAUUGGGUUUAAAGCUAUAAUUUCCUCCACUCUUUUUACAAACACAUCUAUUUCGGCUGUAUUUUUACUGUAAAAAUUCGCAUAAUUCCACUUUAACGAGGAAGGCUUAUACUGUACAUGGGGCUUUUAAUUGUGCAGUUUUUAUUUCUGUGGAUGUUUAAGCACAGUGAAUUUGUUUGAUGGUUACUUGAGAUCAAGAAAAAAGGUCAAGGCGACUGAAGGUCAAGGCGACUGACAUUGAGACUGAAAAUGUUUUCCGCUCAGUAAGUGAUGAACGCUUUGGUCUUCAAAGGUUUGUUGCCUGUGGUCAGUAGAUAACCCUUAUUAGCUCACCUGUCACAAAGUGACAAGGUGAGCUUUUGUGAUCGCGCAGCGUCCGUCGUCCGUCCGUGCGUGCGUCUGUGCGUAAACUUUUGCUUGUGACCACUCUAGAGGUCACAUUUUUCAUGGGAUCUUCACAAGAUCUUCAUGAAAAUUGGUCAGAAUGUUCACCUUGAUGAUAUCUAGGUCAAGUUUGAAACUGGGUUAAGUGCCAUCAAAAACUAGGUCAGUAGGUCAAAUAAUAGAAAAACCUUGUGACAACUUUAGAGGUCAAAUUUUUCAUGGAGUCUGUAUGAAAAUUGGUCAGAAUGUUCACCUUGAUGAUAUCUAGGUCAAGUUCGAAACUGGGUCACGUGCGGUCAAAAACUAGGUCAGUAGGUAUAAAAAUAGAAAAACCUUGUGACCUCUCUAGAGGCCAUAUAUUUCACAAGAUCUUCAUGAAAAUUGGUCAGAAUGUUCACCUUGAUGAUAUCUAGGUCAAGUUCGAAACUGGGUCACGUGCCAUCAAAAACUAGGUCAGUAGGUCAAAUACUAGAAAAACCUUGUGACCUCUCUAAAGGCCAUAUUUUUCAUGGGAUCUUUAUGAAAGUUAGUCUGAAUGUUCAUCUUGAUGUUAUCUAGGUCAAGUUCGAAACUGGGUCACGUGCGGUCAAAAACUAGAUCAGUAGGUCUAAAAAUAGAAAAACCUUGUGACCUCUUUAGAGGCCAUACUUUUGAAUGGAUCUUCAUAAAAACUGGUCAGAAUGUUCAUCAUGCUGAUAUCUAGGUCAAGUUUGAAACUGGGUCACAUGCCUUCAAAAAGUAGGUCAGUAGGUCAAAUAAUGAAAAAACCUUGUGACCUCUCUAGAGGCCAUAUUUUUCAUGGGAUAUGUAUGAAAGUUGGUCUGACUGUUCAUCUUGAUGAUAUAUAGGUCAAGUUUGAAACUGGGUCAACUGCAGUCAAAAACUAGGUCAGUAGGUCUAAAAUUAGAAAAAUCUUUUGACCUCUCUAGAGGCCAUAUUUUUCAAUAGAUCUUCAUGAAAAUUGGUCUGAAUGUUCACCUUGAUGGUAUCUAGGUCAGUUUCGAAACUGGGUCACAUGCGGUCAAAAACUAGGCCAGUAGGUAUAAAAAUAGAAAAACCUUGUGAACUCUCUAGAGGCCAUGUUUUUCAUGAGAUCUUCAUGAAAAUUAGUGAGAAUGUUCAACUUGAUGAUAUCUAGGUCAAGUUCAAAACAGGGUCAAGUACCUUUGAAAACUAGGUCAAUAGGUCAAAUAAUAGUAAAACCUUGUGACCUCUCUAGAGGCCAUAUUUUUCAAUGGAUCUUCAUGAAAAUUGGUCAGAAUUUUUAUCUUGAUGAUAUCUAGAUCAGAUUCAAAACUGGGUCACAUGAGCUCAAAAACUAGGUCACUAUGUCAGAUAAUAGAAAAAACGACGUCAUACUCAAAACUGGGUCAUGUGGGAAGAGGUGAGCGAUUCAGGACCAUCAUGGUCCUCUUGUUAGUUUUGGGGUCAGUAGGUCAAAGUCAGUAACCUUGAAACUUAAAAUGGUUUCUGUUAAAUAACUAAAGAACGCUUGGAAACAUAAUUGUCAAACUUCAUAGGAGUCAGAAGGUGAAAGUUCUAGGUCACAUUUACCUCAGUACUGAAAAUGGUUUCUUGUCAGUAACUGAGAACAACACUAAUCUUAACUUCAUAGGGUGAUUUUAUUUUGAUUAACAGGUGACCCCCUAUUGUUUUGGGGGUCAGGUCAAAGGUCAGUGUCUCCUUGACAUCAAGACAGAAAAUGCUUCCUAAUCAGUAAUAGGUUCUAUUGCUGCCAAUCUUCAUGUUUUGAUUGCAUGUGGUCAGUAGUUGACGCUUAUUGUUUUGGGGGUCAGUGUAUCAAAAGUCAGGUAUGUCAAAGCUCAAGGCCACAAGGUUCUCGAGAAGCCAGAAAAUGAUUUCUGUUCAGUAACUGAAAAUUAUAUACCCAGUUUCCUCUGACAAACGAUCAUGGGGAUAUACCGGGUAUACUUUUUACAAACAGCUCUUGCUAAACUGAGUUUAGAGACCAGUCUCAGAAUGCAGCCUUGCCAUUGGUCAAAUUCAAAAUUGCUAUCAAAAUCAACCAAUCAACUGCCAGAGUUUUGAGACUGGUCUCCAAAGUGAGUUUAUUGCACUCUUGAUGAUGAUAAGCUUAUUAAUUAACAGAAAUGAUGAAAAUCAUUUUCUAAUGCAAGUAAAGUAGUGUCAGAUUUAUUUGAAGUUUGGUUGCAAAUGUGUAUUUUUUUGUUCAAAUGUGUGAUUAACAAAUUGAUAUGCAAAGUCUUAUCAGUCUCAACAGUUGUGAAAGCAAGCUACAUGAAAUGUAAAGAACAAAAAACCUGAAAAUCAUCAAAAUUAACUUGCUGUUAAAAUACAGAAAAGAACUAUAAUGUUGUAACAAGUUUAUUUAUGCAUUGUAUGCUUUUAAGUGCUCAUUAACCCUUAGCCUGCUGCAGGCGAAUUUAACAGCCUUUGCAAACAGCUUGGAACCAGAUCAGACGCCGAUUAAAUCAGCGUCUGAUCAGGUUCCAAGCUGUUUGCUACUCUGACAAUAUUUCUUCCAAUUUUGGAGCAAAUUGAAUGAACUUUACUAUUUUAGCAGAGGACAUUUCCAGCAAACGACAAUUUAUCUAGCAUGCUAAGGGUUAAAUACUUCAGAUGUUAAAAUUUGAUUUGUCUUGUUUGGUAUAAAACUUGCCCUUUUUGGUAUUUUAGAAUUUAAUCGAUCAACAAAAAAUGCUGAUGUUUGACAGAAUCUGUGUUAAAGAAAUAAGAAAAUAGUUCAUCCACUAUUUUUUUGUAAAAUGAGUAAUUGUAUAAAUGUCAUUAUAGCUAUUUUUUGUGUUUUUUUCCCAGCAUUUAGGUGUCAUUUUGGGUUUUAUUUGAUCCAUGUAAAAUAUUGUACAGUAUGAAAAGUUUGCAGAUGUCAAACCAGAUGAUAAAUUGUUGCAAAUUCAGUUCAGUCAGACUAAAACAUUCUAUUAUAAAAAAAAUUUGCAUCUUUUUGUUACAUUUUUCACAUAACAAAGGUUAUGUCUGGUUAAUGUAUUACAAGCAGAAUUUUAAAGCAUUAUUGUCUGCCAGUAUAGAUAUCAUUAUACACAUCAUCAUUCAAUAGUAUAGUUGUAGUAUUUCCUGAUAUAGUUUCAUCUGUUUUUUAAUGUUGAUUAUUAUAUUUUAAAUUUUAGAAUUGUAAUACUGAAAAACGGCUACAAGUGCUAAGACUAUCAUACUCAAGAAAAACGUAUUCCAAUAAUUUGUUAUUUUCACAUUUUUUCAUUUCUGUUUUCUCUGUACAAAAUCUUUAUAAACGAAACUAUGCCGGCUUAACUAUCCUUUGCACACGAAACAUGCAAUUUCAGAUUAUCUUGUAAUUUUCUCCCUAAUUUUCUUUCUGUGUGUAGGAAAGAGAUGAAAAUAGAAGUGUGAUACUUACUGAAUGCUUGCUGGUUAAAGUGACAUUAUGCGCAUCUAAUCGCACACAGUGUGUUUUUGGUGAAUGUUUUAUAAAAGCAAUUUUCGGUUGCUGUGCAUUUAAAUGUGUUAAAUUAACAACAAUGCCGCAUAAGUAAUUAAAGUUGAUUCUUUAGAAAUAAAGAAAUCGGACUAAUAAAAUAAUAGUUCUUUUCUUCAGUCUUCUGCGUAGUGAUCUCCCUUACAUGUAGGUAGAGAUUUCUGAAGUUGAAGGGAAGCAACUCCUGCGCGCAGUUUGACUUUUCUUAAAAAGACUGCCCCAGUCAAAAUAAGAAAAGUCAUAUUUGGAAAGUUAUUAUUUCGUACUGGCAACAGGAAGAGUUUCGUAUAGUGGUUUGAAAGCUACAAUUUCCCCCACCCUUUUUACACAGACAUCUAUUUCAGCUGGAUUUUUGCUUGAGAAAUGCGUAUAAUUCCACUUUAAUAGUUAAAACUAUUGCCUCAGGUACAAAGGAUCAAGAGUCAGUAGUUUCAACUGUUGUCUGGCAAGUCAUUCAGUAAGUAUUUUAUUCUCUGACAUUACAAAUAAAAGUUUGUAUUUUUCUUCUUCAAGUUCUGACUUUAUCCCAGCAAAAAUUUAGAGUUGAACUAUUGACUGAUUAAUAGCAUGAAAUAUGGUCCGGCAAUUUACAGCUUUUAACUUUCCCUCUAUUAAUAUUUUGAAAACAUUUAAAGUCUUCUCUGAAAGCACUGCCCUGAUUUUAGAAUAACUUGAUUAAAUAAAAAUCAAAACGAAAGUGGGGGUCAUGUUUGAUGUAAGAAAGCUUCAAAUUAUAGUGGUGGUGUAAGACCUAAGUUUCCAUCUGUUAUUCCAUUUUGAAAAUGCUACCUAGAUAUCAAACAUAGGCUCAGAUGUGUGAUUUCAGCACAAAAAACUUCAAAUAAAGUAAGAAAAGCAACUGGGAACUAAUUGAAUAUGCCAUUUUACAACUACCAUUUUUUUCCACACCAUUUUCAUAUUUAGUGUCUGUAUACCUUCAAACUCAGUUUUAUGAUCAUGGAGCCUGAUGAUAUUGUGAAAUAUACUUAUCCCCAACCCUUUUUUGAUCUGAGCAAACAUGAAAGUUCUCGAGUCAUUUACCCUCCCCGUUUGUUGGUUCAGAGGAUAUAGUUUUGUAUUGUUCAGAAACCCCCACAACUUAUUUUAUCUUGGUCUCAUUCUGGUGAAAAAAAUCAGUUUAACCCUUAGCCUGCUGCAGGCGAAUUUAACAGCCUUUGCAAACAGCUUCGAACCAGAUCAGACGCCGAUAAGCUGUUUGCUACUCUGACAAUAUUUCUUCCAAUUUUGGAGCAAAUUGAAUGAACUUUACAAUUUUAGCAGACGACAUUUCCAGCAGACGACAAUUUAUCUAGGAUGCUAAAGGUUAAAAACCUCUCAAUAUCAAAUCCUGUAUUAAUCCCCUUCCUCUUCUCACCUAUAUUGUAAGUUGACAAAGUUUUAUAAUGCCUUUGUGAGUUAUUACAAUUACUGUGUAUGUAUACUUUUCUACAUUUCUGUUGAAUGUUCACAUUUUACUCGCAUUUUAUUUAUUUCAGUCAAAUUUUGUAAAUAGUGUAAAUUAUAUUUAUGUAAAUAUUUGAGUAUAAUUAGUCUUAUAAAUGAACAUUAUCUUGCUUGUAAAUAACUUGAUAAUGUGAAAUUCUCACCAAAAUCAGAUUAAAUGUAAAUAACUUUUACAGAAUUUAUGAUAUUUUAAUGUCUUUUAUGAUGGAAAAAUCACCCUGGUAUUAUCUGGCUAAAUUUAAUUGUAUAUCUUGGGAUAUCAAGCCUAAAACUUUGUCUGUUUUAAGAUGGCCUUUCUACAGUCACACUUAAUUGCAACUUUACACAUGUCUGUCCAUAUAUGUAUUCCAGUUACACCUGCGAGGGUAUGCAUAUGUUUUUAUUACACAUGUUUCUUCAUAUAUUAUAUUUCUGGAAUCGGGUGUGGUCACACUUGCAUGUACAUCUUCAUUUCAGUAACAAGGUACAGUGACAAAUGCCUGCAUAAAAGUGUUAAGAUUAUGUGUGACACAUGUUUCUGUGAUCAGUGAUUUUUAAAGCUAGAUGAUGUACCUUUCUGUUUCUUCUAAAUUUUGAAAUAAGUUAUAAAUAGAUGUAUCUAGUUUGAAAUAUAUUUUCUAAAGUAUAAAGAGUAAGUCCUGCCUGUUCAUCAUCUUUAAAGGAGAUAUGUAAGAUCCUGUCCUGUGUAGCUUAACAUUUGUAACUUUUGUUGAAGAACAUAGGAGGUUUACAGUGAAACUUUUUUUUACUCAAACUCAGAUAAUUCGAAUACCACCCUUUGCUCAAACUCUUCGUCAAGUCCCGCCAAAGUCCCUGUGUUGUAUAUUGUUUCUGUGGCUUGAAUUACCGAUAACUCAAACAAAUUUUGCCAGUCCAGGCGGGUUUUAGGGAACGAAGUUUGACUGUAUUUUAUUUAACUAUUUUCCUAAUUUUGCAUGUUUUGUUGCUUAUUGUUAAAAAAGUUAUUAAAGUUAAAAUAGAAAAUUGUUUAAAGAGUCUUGCCUUCAAAUAUGCCAAAAGUUGCGAAAUUGAAACAUUUUUUCUUGUGUAUAAUUACAAUAAAUAGUGUAAAUAAUGUUAUCCAAAAUUGUUCUAUGUACCUGUAAGUGCGUAAAAUAAUGCACAGAAGAAAUGUAUUAUGCAAUUCUUAUGGUGACCAACCUAAUACAGCAUCAGUCUGCUAAUGUUUCUCUAACACUUACCUACUUCUAGCUACUACACAAGUCAUAUAAUACUUAUCAAAAUAUACCGAUAGAAACAGUAUGGUUUUAGGCGUGGUUUUUUGUGCUUGGUGCAGCAAAAAAUGACUUUAAUACUGAUUUUUAAUACAGGCUGAAAAUUUACAAUUUCUUUAGGUUAGUCUGGAGAUGAGACUGUGAUAGUACCGUUAUAUUAUGUAGAUAUCCCUGUCGUGUAAGGUAACAAAGAAAUGUGGUCAUUGAUUUUGAAAUAGCAUUUUGGAACAAUUUGCAAUUUUAUGGUUUUGUGUUUUUAAAUUAAAAGUUAUUUGCUGAAACAUAUAACAGGUGAAACAUAUAGAACGUGUGACAUAUCUUAAUGUUAAAUGUUAACUGACUGUCAGAAUACAAAUAAAUCUGUGAAUACAGUGAUAUAAA